AUGGACGAAGUGACAGCAACCGGAGGGCGAGAGACCGUUACGCAGACAGAACAAGAAGCAGUGAGAAGGAGCGAACAGGGCCGGGUUGUACCACAGCCAUCUCAAGGGACGGUACCGGACCAUCUGUCUCUCAGGAAGGUCAGAUUCCUGAAAGUAACCCCAAAACGCCCGGAACCUACUGAGACCCUAAAACUCCAUCAAAAUCUCGAUAGGAAAGCCAGCAAGCAUCCAGGCCAGUCAGUCAUUCAAUCAAAUCAACAAAAGCCGAUUAGGGUUUAA